AUGGCCUCGACACUGCCUCGACUGCCCGUCUUCGAGGCCAUCUCGGGCCACGACCCCAACUCGACCGUGGUUGUCCACUCAGCUUCCCAGCGGACCUUCAGGUACGGCGAGCUGCUUGGCGAUGUGUGCCGGAUGCGCAACCGGCUGCUUGAGGCUGCUGGCAAGGAUGACAUUCAAGGCGAGCGCGUUGCCUUCCUCGUGGAGAACAGCUACGACUAUGUAGUCACAUGGCUGGCCGUCCUGGCAGCAAGGGCAAUAGCCGUGCCCCUGUCGCCGGCUUUCCCAGCACCAGAGCUGCAAUACAUUCUAGGCCACAGCGAGGCUCUUCUCCUGCUUUCGUCCGCGAAAUUCUCCACCAAGGCUGAGGAGACCCUCGGCCUGCCACUGGUGUCGCCACCGAAGCACGUGGAGAUCGCCAAGCACCCAUCCGCGUCCCCUCAUGAGUCGGUAUCCCUGGAGGGUGACGACCCCGGCGCGGCGGGCAUGAUGCUCUACACGUCGGGCACGACCAACCGGCCCAAGGGCGUGCUGAUCCCGCAGUCCGUCAUGACGGCCCAAGCGCGGUCGCUGCUCAAGGCGUGGGAGUACUCGCCGUCCGACCGCCUGCUGCACGUGCUCCCGCUGCACCACAUUCACGGCACCAUCAACGCGAUUCUCACGCCGCUGUUCGCAGGGAGCAGCAUCGAGUUCCUCUACCCGUUCAACGCGGACGCCGUGUGGAAGCGCUUCGCGGCGCCGUUCCUGCACAAGCACGAGCAGCACGCCGAGGCGAAUGGCCACGCCACUACGAACGGCGUCAACGGCACCACAAAUGGCGUCAACGGCCAUGCCAACGGCACUACUACUAUUACUAACGGCGACAGCGCCCACCCCCAAGAGAAGAUCACAUUCUUCACCGUGGUACCAACAGUCUACUCCCGCCUGCUCGCUACCCACAAGGCACUCUCGCCACAGAUGCAAGCGGCCACGCGCGAGGCCAUCUCUCCCGAGAACCUCCGCGUCUGCAUCUCUGGAUCCGCGGCGCUGCCAACGCCCGUCAAGCGCGCCUGGAAGGACCUGUCCCACGGCAACGUGCUGCUGGAGCGAUUCGGCAUGACCGAGGUCGGCAUGGCGCUGUCGUGCGGGCUGGACUUUGCGGACCGCGUCGACGGGUCCGUGGGGUGGCCGCUGCCGUCGGUCGAGGCGCGGCUGGUGGACGUCGACUCGGGCGAGGUGAUCGCGCACGGCGAGGAGACGGACGCCGAGGGCCGCGAGCGCGCCGGCGAGAUCCAGCUGCGCGGGCCGACCGUGUUCAGGGAGUACUGGCGCAACCCGGAGGCCACGGCGGCCGAGUUCGUGGCGGACGGCGUAGCGGGCGGCGGCGGCGGCGGGAAGUGGUUCAAGACGGGCGACGUGGCGGUCAGGCGGCCGGUGCCGAGCGCGGGCAAGGCGGCGGGGCGCGUCGCCAGCCAGGACUGGACGGGCGCGUCGGACUUGUACUUCAUCCUGGGGCGCAAGUCGGCCGACAUCAUCAAGUCGGGCGGCGAGAAGGUGUCGGCGCUCGAGGUGGAGCGCGAGCUGCUGUCGCUGCCCGAGGUGGCCGAGGCGGCCGUGCUGGCCGUGCCGUCGGGCAAGUGGGGCCAGAAGGUCGGCGCCGUCAUCAUCCUCGACAAGGAGACGGGGCCCGAGGGCGGCCGCUGGACGCCCAUGGACAUGCGCCGCGCCCUCAAGGGCCGCCUGGUCAACUACAAGAUCCCCCAGGUCCUGCGCGUCGUCGACCACAUUCCGCGCAAUGCCAUGGGCAAGAUCAACAAGAAGCAGCUCGUCAAGGCCGUGUUCCAGGACGACUUCAGCGGGGAUGAGUUGUAA